AUGUUGCGUACAUCAUCAUUUACAUUAACCGUUUUUCGUUAUCCGUUAUUACAGCAAAUAAUUCGUUUCUCAUCCACAGAUGCUACAGCCGGUUCGAUCAAUGCUGGCCAUGACAAAUUUGCUGAACGUGAACAAGCAUUAGAAAAUCAAUAUUUUCGAAAACAAAGUGAAGAAUUAAUCAAAAAUUUACAAACAAAGCACGACGAUUUGAGUCGUAGAACACAAGAUUUGACACGUGAACAAAAAGAACUUCGAGACGAAAUUGCGAAAUUAGAGGGAUGGUGGAAGCCAAAACAACCCGCAUCAUCAACCCAAACAAAGCAAUAA